UUAUGGAAAAUUACAUUAAUAUAGUUGUAUUUCAGGUAGAUAAAUUGGUCUCGUUAUAAAACGUCACCUCCAUCUGCCAUCUUUGUUUGAUAAGCGAUUAUGUAGCAGCCUUUAAGGCGAGUUUAAAAUCUUAAAAGAUGAGUUACACGAUGCACCGAAGACAUUAGGGUUUUUUUUUUUUUUGGUUCCCCUUCAAUAGAAAAAUCGUCGAAGAAAUUGGAAAUGUCUUCAGACCGGAGGACUUGCAAGGCAAUUAUGAAUUGUCAGCUAAUGAGACUUCCUGAGCUGAUAAAUCCUCUUGACUCUUCCAACCAUGGGCUCCUCUAAGCAGCUGACAGAUCCUCGGUCAGUUGCUGUCCGGAAUACCAUUAAGAAGUGGCAGUUAAGUGGAAGUCAAGAAAAGGGAUCUGGAAGACAAAGAAAACUUUCAGGUAAAGCUGCCCAUCUGCUGGAGAGAAACACAAAACAAAACCCCCCUGUGUGACUGCGAGGAGCUGCAGGAAGGUUUAGCUCUCACAAGGAGUGGGUGGCGCAUCGCUCCGCUGUGCAGUGUUGAUGCACAGACAGGGUCUACGUGGAAGGGUCAUCUCAGGGAAACCUUGUCUGCUGCCUCAUCACAAAAGUCAAUGUCUGAACAUUGUCAUUUUUGGAAACAAGUGCUGUGGACAUAAAAAUUUAGCUCUCUGGCCACACUGACCAAAGGUGUGUUCGGAGAAAAACGUGAGCAACAUCUGAUGAAGAGAACACCUUUGCCAACUGUUAAAACGGGGAUGGAAAUAUUCUGCGGGGGUCGUGUGGCAGCCAGUGGCAAAAUAAACAUUGCACAGAUAGAGAGAAGAAUGGAUUCCACUAAAUAUCAACAAAUUCUGGAUACAAAUGUCCUUCAGUCAGUCGAGAAACAGAAAAGAGGAUGGAAUGUUCAAAAGGAUAGUGAUACAAAGCAGACCUCUAAGUCCACCCUGAAGUACUUCAGAACACAAGCUGAAGCUUUUGGAUUGGCCCUCACAGUUCCCUGAUUUGAACAUCAUGAAAACUCUGUGGGCAGAUCUUACAUUGGACAGCCUAAAAAUGUCUCACAACUUGAGAUAUCUACAGAAUGCCACAUUUACAUUUAGAAUGCCACAUUUACUGUUCAAUGAUUUUCUAUUUUUGAGUUCUUGAUAUAAAAAAAGUAACAGUGCAAUAACGUUUGAAGAAAAGCUCAUUUCAAUGUCUGCUUGCUAUAGGAGUUGUUUACUUCAAAACAAUAUGCAAUUUGCCCAGGGGUGCCCAGGCUUUUGCAUACAACAGUAGGUUACUUGAUAACAACUAAAAGGCUUCCAUGACAACUGAGCAACUCCAUCCACUACGGAAGGCCACAGAAUGUAAUUGAAAGCUAGAAACAGCCACUAAGUUUUUGUUUGUCAAAAAUAUCUGGAAGUUGUGUUUUUGGUAAACUUUGUUUAGAAGCAGGUGUAGAAAAAGGGGAGGUGUGUUUUCAUCUUUCAAUGCAAAAUAUAUUUUGUUUAACGGUCAAAGGCUAUAUCAGUCUUCUUUUCAUCCAAGUUUUAUUCAGUUUAUUUUCACCCUUGGUCUUACUAUUUCUAGUUUUUGCCACAGUUUUGACCGUAGAGCUAUAUGCACUUUGGUGUGUUAGGAAAGAUGCCCCAAAACCAAAAUCUCCCACAAGGUCUCAAAAAGGCCGGAACAGCAAUUUAGAGUCACUACAUAAAACCGAAAUUUUCACUUAUUACCCAGUUUUUAAUUUUACCUGUAUUGACCGCUAGAUGGAGCUGUUGUUUGAAGAACUAUCUGGCUCCCCUCAGCCCAUAUGCUUUCCCUUAGCCCACACCCCUCCGGUGCAGUCACUUCUCCUGAUGUCCUCUCGUCUGAGGCUCUGCAGUGCUGUGGCAGCCUAAAGGACACUUACAGUUUCCUGACCAUGAAUUUCACAUACCGAGUACCGAGGCCCUGUUCUUUUGGGUUACUGCAUGAUGCUCGGGGCCAACAAGAGCCCUGAAAUCCACAAAUACGGAGGAUGGACAGGGAUGCUGACAGAAGUGACUAAGGCUUCAUCUGAAGGCUUCCUGUUAUAACUGGAAUAGAGAGGCAUAAGGAAAAGAAGUCCAGGACAAUGUGGUCCUUUCUUCUGAUUGAAAACAAACUCAUUGUUUCCCCUCAGGCUUUGUGUGAGCCGUGGAACUGGACUGGACUGUGGUUUUUCGUGGAGGAGGCGGGAGAGGAGGUAGAGGAGCAGGAGGGAGAACUGAGGGGCAAGCUGGACCGAUGGAGGACAGCCCCCAACACCUGGGACACUGCAUGGUUGACAUGAAGGAGCUGAGCGCCAACCCAGAAGGACUGACUGCUGCCGGUGUUUUUCUAACACCCAAGCUGCCUCGGGUGGAGUUCAGCCUUGCCUGUCAUGAUCUGGUGGCCUCAGGCAGAGACAGGAAGCCCAAUGCUUUGGUCCAGGUGGCUGUCAUAGAUCCCCACAAGCAGCACCUCAUCACUCACACCUGCACAGAGAUAGUGGAGGCAAACAAAGACCCGCUAUUUCUGACGGGGGUGACCUUCCCUUCAGAGUAUCCUCCUAGCCCAGAGACACUGGUCAAGCUAACUGUGUACGAUGCAAAGUACAAGAGCCAGGAAUCAAGCAGCUUCUUGGGUAGUGCCACAUUUUCAGUAGAUGAUCUACUGAGGGCUAAAGAUGAACGACUGAGCUUGAGUCUCAGGUCAUCUGAUGGUGUGUGUGCAGCAGGAACAGUGGUGGUGAGUCGUCUGAAGAUGGGGGAGAUGGAGGAGGUUGAUGUAGACCACAUCACCACCGACAUACCAUCACAGAAGUGUCCCUUGGUUUGUGAGUCUGCGUCCCAUGCCUGCAUUGACAGAGAAAACAACCCCCUGACAGGGCCAGUGUUCAAGAACCCAGUAUGCAAGGUGUACAGAUUUCAAACAGUGGACAGCAAGUGGAUGCUUGUGCGGGAACAAAUGGAGGAGUGCACGUUGUCCUUUGGCAUCCCCAAACAGCUGCUCUCACUGUACAUUCGGGAGGACAUGAGUAGGUUGCAGGAGCUGAGGGAGCUGGGGGAGCUUUCUCCUCACUGGGACAACUUAAGGAAGGAGGUGAUGACACGAUAUGGAGGAAUCAUCAGCUCCUACCAGGAGACUUUGGCUGAACUGGACAAGAUUACUGGUCGGUCAUUCAAGCCGAGCUGCUGCAAAGCCCAGAAAUCUCUGGAGUUCAUCCCAAUAAACUUGCACACCCAGAGGAUGAGGGUGACGUGCCCCAGAAAAACAGAUGCGUUCUAUGACAUUGUCACUGUUGGUGCUCCUGCAGCCCACUUCCAGGGCUUCAAGUGUGGCGGUCUGCAACGUCUCCUAAGCAGAUAUGAAGCAGAGAAGAAGAGCUUCAGCACUGCCUACCAGUGUAUCUACUACUCUCCAGAGCACACAGCCAAAGCUCAGGAGGUACUCAGCACCAUGAGCCUCCUCCAGCCCCUCAUCACAAGCUUAGCAGACCAGCUCCUUCAGGCUGCCCAGGAGCACUCUUCAACUGGACUAAAGGACGCACUCAAGAACCUUUCUGACAAGACAGAACAGUUUGUUCACACACUUAAGGAUGAAUUGGUCAAGAGUGCACUACUAGCAUUACAUGCAGCACAGCCUGGGUACGUUUCCAAGAACCAGAAGCAAACCCCGGUCCAGGCAGACCAACAUCAAGGCCACAUCCUCCAGCGCAGUGACCAGAACCAGAGUCCGGUCCAGGGACUUCUAGGCCACAGUCCAGCCACGUCAGUCACUGAGAGCACAGUGGUGUGUAAUAAUGUGGAAGGAUCACAAACCACAACUAGAGGAGAAGGUGGGCCUUUGCCUCUGAAACACCAAGACUCCAUACCGCACCAUAAAGAGUAUGACGAGGAGGAAUGGGACAGGGUGUGGGCCAACGUGGCAAAAUGUCUCAACUGUGUGAUCGCCAUGGUGGACAAACUCCAGGAGGAAGAGAGCAGCAAACAGGAGUCAGUCCCCGAACAGCAGCUAGCUGAUGUCAUCACCUCACACAACCCUGGUGACUGGAGGGAGCAGCUGUGUCCUCUGGUGGCCAGGUUAAAGGAGUGUGUGAUGGAAGUGGUGGAGAAGGCUAAGAAAGCCAUGACUUUUGUGCUCCUGCAGGAGGCAGCCUGCAGCAUACCACAGGGGUUUGUCCUCCAACAGAGGCGAGACGUGGUCUUCAGUCAGGCGGUAGGUGGAAAUACUGAGCUUGCAGCCUUAGCCUGCGGCUUCAUCAUGAGACUGUACGCAGGAAUGCAGGACAAAGGAUUCCUGAGGCAACUCCACCUGGUUGGCCUGGUCGCCCAGUUUGAGAGCCUGCUCAGUACCUACAGUGAAGAGAUUGGGAUGCUGGAGGACAUGGAGGUUGGAAUCUCAGACCUGCACAGAGUCAUGUUCAAGAUCACAGAGGCCAAGACAGAUGACCUCAGUGACCUCCAGCCUUUAGUGUGUGGCCGACGAGACCAUUUCACUGUAGAAGUGCCGUUACCAAGACUGGUUUUCCAGACCUUGCCAGAGCAGAUCAAAGAGGGCAAGCUUCUACAAGUAUUCCCAGUGCUGUUUAACGUGGGCAUCAAUGAACAGCAAACUAUAGCAGAAAGGUUUGGAGAUAUCUCCCUACAAGAAAGAAUAAACCAGAAGAACUUUGAGAUGUUAGAAGCCUAUUACAAAUCAUUAAGUGAAAAGGUGCCAGUGGAAUGUCUACCAUGUUUUCAAACACAAACUGACAUAAAGGAAUUACUUGAAACACUGGGCCAGAAUGUAGUCACAAAGAAGAGAAAGAAUGUGGAGAUACUAUGGAUAGCUGGAACGAUCUGCCGAAGGUUAAAUGGCAUCAGGUUCACCAGCUGUAAAAGUGCCAAAGACCGGACAUCCAUGUCUGUUACAUUAGAGCAGUGUGCCCUCCUACGUGAUGAACACCAGCUCAGCAAGGAUUUCUUCCUCCGUGCUCUGGACUGUAUGCGGAGAGAAGGAUGUCGGAUUGAAAACGUUCACAAGAAUAUUAGAUGCAGGAAAUAUGCCUUCAACAUGUUGCAGCUGAUGGCCUUUCCCAAGUGCUACCGACCACCAGAGGGGACUUACGGCAAAGUUGACUCUUGAGACAAUUAGCCAUUUACUACAAAACCAGUCAUUCUGUGUUGUCCAAGCUUAUAAAUGAUGGUGAAAAUGUAAAUUGUAAUUUUUUUUGUAACCAAAUCAGCUUGAGGAAUUUUAUUAAGGUUUAUUUGUUUUUGUUUUUUUGUUUUUUUAGGGGGGGGGGGGUUACUGUAUGUUUAUUCAGUCCCUAAUUCAGUUUGUCAAAUACAUGUUACUUGCAGAAUUACUAAUGCACUUCCCCUUUUUCGCCUUGUUUAUUUUCCAUGGCCUAAGCAAUGAUAAACAAUACUGUGUGGAUGAACAGACAGUCAUACUACUGUAGAUACUCUGUGUGUUUCUGUGCAGUAGGUUUAUGAUCUUUUUUAAACCUCAAGCAGUUCAACCUGCACUUCUCUCCUGCAGAAAUUAAUGUGGACCCUUGAGUCGAGACUAUGUUGUCGCACAAGGUGAAGAAUGAACUUCCAUGAUCCAGUGAUUUUUGUGGUAUAAAUACUGCUCUCAGCCAUAAUUGGAGAGCUUUUUAUGGCCUCAUUCCAUGUUUGGAUCUACUGAGCUUUACAUGAUGAAAGUGCAAGAUUCAAAACUAAAAGCGUGACCUUCUCUACAGGAGCUUAUCACAUACUGAGGGUCCAAAUCUUCCAUGAAUGUUUUUUCGACUGCAAUCAGAUUUUCAUUAAGUUGGACCCAACUUUCCUCGGGGAUAUAGGUAACAUACGAGUGUUUCAAAGCAGAUGUUGAAUUCUGUUGCCUUUUGAUAACCCAUCACAUUCUCUUACUGGUUGCAUUUGAGCUUUUUGCAUAAUAUUUUUAUAUCUCAAGGUACAGCCCAGUGAAACCACAUGAAGUACAGCUAGAAAUUACAAUAGAAGGAGGGUAAUGGACCAUCAUUGCUCGAUGUUGAAAAAAAAAAUUCCAUUAUUUAUUUUUGUAUUUUAAAAUGGUCUUAUAAUCUAAGGGUUGAUACCUUGGACUGUAACUCAUGUUUAAAAUGUAUUUGUUUUGUCACACAUUGAACAUUUAUGAUUUUCUAUUUAAAACGAAAUAAAAAGAUAGUUUGAUGUGCAUAUUUGUAAUUGUUAAAUAUUGUAUGUGUAAAUAAUUUGCAUACUGUUGGUCAGUUUCACAGAUGUGCAUUUAAUUGAACAGGUAAGUACACUACUACAGUGAAUGAGUCAUAAUUUAAUCCAUAUUGAGUGUUAAAAAACAAAACAUCCAUUAUGUUUAGGGUCAUAUUGGUCUUGCAAGAUGUAAUUGAGUAAAGCAAACGACUAAUAAAAAAAAUUACU